GUUAUUCAAGCAGUUUUUUUUGGGAUCUGUGUACUGACUGACCUUUCCAGCCUUCUGACUAAAGGAAAUGACAGCCAAGAACAAGAAAGGCAACUAAAAAAACUCAUCUCCCUCCGUGACUGGAUGAUGGCUGUCUUAGCUUUCCCUAUUGGAGUUUUUGUUGUGAUAAUGUUUUGGAGCAUCUAUAUCUAUGACAGAGAACUUGUUUAUCCCAAACUCCUUGAUAAUUUUAUACCAACUUGGCUGAAUCAUGGAAUGAGAAAGAGAACCAUGAGAACAGAGCAUCAGUAAAUCAGUCUGCACCAU